GGCGCGCUUCUCUGUGGUGGAGGGGAAGCUAUUUUCUAUAGGUUCUCGCGCUCUAGUUAGUCCCAUGGACGUGUAGCCGUCGAGACUGUUUUCUCGUGCCGUGUACCAAAGCACCUUCCCUUUGUUUGUACAAGCGGUGGCGUCAGGCGGUGGCUGGCAUGUCGAACUCGCGGCGCAGGCCCCGCCGGGGCGCCGGGAGUGGCGCCGGGGCGCCCGGGCGGGACGAGCUGGUGUCGCGGUCCUUGCAGAGCGCGGAGCACUGCAUCCGCGCCCAGGACUUCGGCACCGCCUACGCCCACUACCUCCUCGUGCUCAGCCUGGCGCCCGAGCUGAAAGACGACGUGAAGGAAACUUUUCAGUAUACACUCUUCAGAUGGGCUGAAGAGCUUGAUGCUCUCAGUAGAACACAAGACUUACUUGGUUGCUAUGAGCAAGCCCUGGAACUGUUUCCUGAUGAUGAAGUGAUUUGCAAUAGUAUGGGGGAGCAUCUCUUCAGGAUGGGCUUUAGAGAUGAGGCAGCCGGCUAUUUUCAUAAAGCAGUGAAGCUGAACCCUGAUUUCAGUGAUGCAAAGGAGAAUUUUUACCGUGUUGCAAAUUGGUUGGUGGAACGCUGGCACUUUAUCAUGCUUAAUGACACCAAAAGGAAUACAAUUUAUAACGCAGCAAUCCAAAAGGCAGUUUGUUUGGGAUCCAAAAGUGUUUUGGACAUUGGAGCAGGAACUGGAAUAUUAAGUAUGUUUGCUAAAAGAGCCGGAGCGCACUCGGUGUAUGCCUGCGAGCUAUCCCAGACCAUGUACGAACUGGCCUGUGAUGUGGUGGCAGCAAACAAGAUGGAAGAAGGAAUCAAGCUCUUACAUAUGAAGUCGCUUGACAUAGAAAUUCCAAAACACAUCCCUGAAAGAGUGUCCCUAGUUGUAACAGAAACUGUCGAUGCAGGUUUAUUUGGAGAAGGAAUUGUGGAGAGUUUGAUUCAUGCAUGGGAGCAUUUACUUUUGCAGCCAAAGACCAAAGGUGAAAAUGGUAAUUGUGAAAAGUAUGGGAAAGUUAUACCAGCAAGUGCUGUUAUAUUUGGCAUGGCAGUAGAAUGUGCAGAGAUAAGAAGACAUCAUAGGGUGGGCAUUAAGGACAUUGCUGGGAUCUGUUUGCCAACAAAUGUGAAAUUUCAGAGUCCAGCUUAUUCUUCUGUAGAUACUGAAGAAACAGUUGAACCAUAUACAACUGAAAAGAUGAGUCGAGUUCCUGGAGGAUACAUGGCUUUGACAGAGAGCUUUGAAAUUAUGACAGUAGAUUUCAACAAUCUUCAGGAAUUAAAAAGUCUUGCAACUAGAAAACCUGAUAAAAUUGGUGUUCCUGUUACAAAAGAAGGUAUACUAGAUGCUGUUGUGGUUUGGUUCGUACUCCAGCUUGAUGAUGAACACAGUUUGUGCACAAGUCCCAGUGAGGAAUCUUGUUGGGAACAGGCUGUCUACCCCGUACAUGACCUUGCAGACUACUGGAUAAAGCCUGGGGACCAUAUGAUGAUGGAAGUAUCUUGUCAGGAUUGUUACUUAAGAAUACAGAGUAUCAGUGUCUUCACUUCAGAACAUGAGAUGGAUGUUGGGAAAAGUUUUACCAAGAAUAAAGACUUGCUGUCUUUAGGAAAUGAGGCUGAACUCUGCAGUGCCCUGGCUAACCUUCAGACCAGUAAACCAGAUGCUGUGGAGCAGACAUGCGUAUUGGAAACCACAGAAAUUGCUUUGCUCAAUAACAUCCCAUACCAUGAGGCCUUUAAAAUGGCAAUGAGAAAAGUGUUGUCUUCGCUGACUCCAGAGAAGCUGUGCCAGGCCAUGGAUGCCCACUGCCAGGAUAGUGACAUGAGCUGUGGAAGUGGACAGAGUAAUUCUGGACAGAGUGCCUCUGAACCUUUCUACGUGUUAGAUGUGUCUGAAGGCUUCUCUAUUCUGCCUAUAAUAGCUGGCACACUUGGGCAAGUUAAACCUUAUAGUUCUGUGGAGAAAGACCAGCAUCGUAUCACUCUGGACCUCAUCUCUGAAGCCAAUCAUUUUCCUAAAGAAACACUUGAGUUUUGGUUGAGACAUGGGGAAGACGAAUCUGCUGUGUUGCAAAGGCCAAAAUCAGACAAGUUGUGGAGUAUAAUUAUAUUGGAUGUCAUUGAGCCAUCUGGGCUCAUUCAGCAGGAAAUAAUGGAAAAAGCUGCAAUAUCCAGGUGUUUGCUACAGUCUGGAGGCAAGAUCUUUCCUCAGUAUGUGCUAAUGUUUGGGUUGCUCGUGGAAUCACAAACACUGGUGGAAGAGAAUGCUGUUCAAGGAACAGCACGAACUCUUGGGUUAAAUAUAGCACCUUUUAUUAACCAGUUUCAGGUACCUAUACGUGCAUUUUUGGACCUGUCCUUAUUGCCUUGUAUACCUUUAAGCAAGCCAGUGGAACUCUUAAGACUGGACUUAAUGACUCCUUAUUUGAACACUUCUAACAGAGAAGUAAAGGUACACAUUUGUAAAUCUGGACAAGUGACUGCCAUUCCAUUUUGGUAUCAUCUGCACCUCGAUGACGAGAUUAGGCUGGACACUUCCAGCGGAGCCUCCCACUGGAAACAGGCCGCGGCGGUUUUAGAUAAUCCCAUCCAGGUGGAAGUGGGGGAGGAGCUCACGCUCGACGUCCAGCACCACAAAAGCAAUGUCAGCAUCACAGUAAAGCGCUGAAGGGCAGUUUCCUAACGGAAGACUGAGCAGAGCAAGUACAGUUUUCCUGGUGUGAACAGUGCAAUUGUAAUCAUAAAGUGGGGGGUGUAAAGACUUAAUUCCUUGUAUUGGUCGAAUAUUUUUUUUCAAUUGACCUUAAUAAAGUGUAUAUAAAAGAUACUAAAUUAUCGAGUGGCAUUAUUACAAAAAUAUUUGCUGCCAACUUCCUUUCUGAAAAAGGCUGUCAUUAGUUUCCACAUUAGGAAAUUUUGUCUUUAUUGCUUAGUUUUACACACUGUAGACUAAAUUUUACUGAACAUUCUUGUCUACCUGCUAAAGCUAUAAAGUGUUUUGAGUCAUCUUCAUUGUCAUGUCAGUAAGUAAAGCAAAACUUUACAUAUUGUGGUAUCUUGGCUUUUUUCCCUUAAAUCCAAACUUAUAAUGGGAAACAUCAAAACGUUGACUUCCACUGAAGACUGAAGGUUAUGGUGACCUGUAAAUUACAAGAUUGCUUCUUUUAAACUCUGGCUGUAGUUCUGAAAUA